GAAGUAUUUAAGGCCAAAAAGAAUAUUUGUAUCUCUUUUAUCUUAGUCAAUGAAGAAAAUUGACUUUGGACAGUUGGACUUGGACAAAAUCAAGAAGCUUACUAAAAUACAAAUUAUAACUUCGUGUCACAUCCAUAACCCAAGAGAUACCACUUUAAAGAGUAAAUGAAUAAUCAUUUUUUUCCUUCCUCAAGCAAUGUUAAGAACCGCGUCAAAUCGACUUUAAACUCUACUUUUCUUUUUCUUUAUUUAUUUUAAUAACUAAAGAUCGUGUAAAAAUCAAGUAGAAUGCGAUCCUUUGAUAUAUAGAAGAAACCAUCUUAGUUUUCUUUGUAUCAGACUUGUUCAAAAGAAUCUUUGAAAAAAAUGGUCAGUGUUGUGGGAGAGAUGUUUUGCAAUCCGUACACGACGGAGCUAGUGGUGAGAAGGCAGCGUGAGAGCCUGAGAAGGGAUCGUUACGACGUUUUCGAUCUCUCCGACAAUCUCAUCUUCACCAUCGACGGUGGCAUAUGGAACAUCCGCCGUAAACGUGUCCUCCGUGACGCUACCGGAGUUCCUCUUCUCUCUAUGCGCACCAAGGGAAUUGUAAAAAUGAGAUACAAAUGGGAAGUGUACAAAGGAGAAACCACAGAGUCCGAGGAUCUUCUUUUCUCAGUAAGGGAACCAAAUAUGUUCUCCUUCAAAACAUCACUUGAUGUCUCUUUACCGCCACAACAAUCUUCUACGGACAUUACUAGUCUCGAGCCAGACUUUCGAACAUAUGGUCGCUACAUCGGUUCUUCUUUCAAACUCUUUGAACCAAUUCAUAACACUCUUCUUGCUGAGGUGGUUCAUGAUUUCUCAUGGGGAGGACUUAUAAUAGGGAGUUACAGCUUCAAAGUGAGAGUUAGUCCAUAUGUCGAUUUCGCAUUUGUCGUUGCGUUACUUGUAAUCGCAGAUGAUACGUCCAAUCUACGCUAGAGAAGACUUUUACUUACCUAAGCCGGUUUUCUUAUUUAUUACAUUUCGUUAAAAAUAAGAUCCGAAAAUGGGUUGUAAAAUUUGUAAUUACACAUCAAUAUCAAGAUUGUAUACUGUUGACUUUCUUUUUUGUACAUUGAGGUUUGUCUACAUCUGAAUCAUUUUGAUCACUUGUAUAUAUUCUUUAGACCGAACUGAUACAUAUAACUUCUCCA